AUGUCAAAAGCAGAGAUACAAGAAGUUGCUUAUGGGUUAGAGCUCAGUGAAGUGAACUUCAUAUGGGUUAUCAGGUUUCCUGGUGAUCAUAAGGAAACGGAUGGUAUAGGUCAAGUCUUGCCAAAAGGGUUUAUGGAGAGGAUUGCUGAGAAAGGAUUAGUUGUUGAAAAUUGGGGACCUCAAGCAGAACUAUUAGGGAGUGGUAAAAUCGGUGGGUUUGUGAGUCAUUGUGGAUGGAAUUCGGUGCUGGAGAGUAUGAAAUAUGGUGUUCCAAUAAUAGCAAUGCCAAUGCAUCUUGAUCAACCUAUAAAUGCAAGAUUGGUGGUGGAGAUUGGCUUAGGAGUUGAGGUUAAGAGGGAUGGAGAUGGGAAGUUGGAUAGAAGAGAGAUAGGAGAAGUGAUUAGAAAGGUUGUGAUGGGAAAAGAAGGAACGGAAGUGCAAAGGAAAGCCAAAGAAAUGUGUCACAAAAUGAGAUGCAAGGGAGAAGAAGAUAUUGAUGUCUUGGUGGAGAAAUUAGAAAGGCUUUGUAACAAAGGGAGAAUACCAAAAGAACAGUGA